AUGACUGUGCAAAUGUCAGCUGUUCUAGCCAAGGAACAUGUAGAGAUUUACAGGGCGGUUUUCGGUGUGAAUGUUUUCCCCAUUACUAUGGGGAACUGUGUGAGAACGGUGAGGGUGUUUUUAUUUAACAUAUUGGAAUCCGUAUUUUUGAGCCAUUACGAGAAAAGCUAAUUGGCUCGAAUUAUCGGAAUAUGAAAAAUACCCAUUCGAGAAAGCAAUAUUCAUUUUUAGUCUAAAAUUUGUUUUUGUUGCUGUAAUUUUGUUUUAAAUAGGAAAUGGUGUCAUUUAGCUGUGCCAAAAGGUGUCCAGUGAGAGUGAGACAAUCAACUUGACCAUCUAAACAUUUCAUUUUCGGUAUUCGUAUCUUUCAUUUAAUGGAGUAUAACACAUUGUAUUUCAAAGCGGAGUUCUUGGAGAGGAAGAUAUAUCUUGGGCGGGCUGUUCAAAGAAGAGUUAAGAUAACCUGGGGUUUGUGCGAAAUUUGAUUUCAGUUUUGAAAGUUUAAGCAUCAGUUUAAUUCUUUUUUCUUCAAUUUGAUGAUGCAUGCUCUAAAAAGAAUGAGCAAAUUAUCCGUGGAAUUGCUUUUGAAUAGCAGAAGAAUAAACCCAGAUUAAAAUUUAAUCCUGGGUUAGUGUGAAUGUCAGCCUUUGAACAAAUGGGCCCGGGUGUUUCGGGGAAGUAGAAGGGUCUCUAAACGGUUUUGUUAAUACACAUACACACAUACAGCUAUUUCGAGAAAGGUUGUCGGAAAAAGUGCACGCGACAAUCCCUAAAGGUGUUGUGGGUGGUUUUGAGUUCUUUGUUUUUCAAAGAAAUUUGAAAGAAUGGUACGAGAGGCCAUGGACGUAUGUUUGCGGAUGCUAAAGGAAAGCAACAAUAGAAGAUUCAACAGCUACAGUGUCAGGAACAGCGUAUUGAUCAUAUCCCAUAUUACCUUUCGGGAUUGUCGCGUGCAUAUUUUUUCCGACAACCUUUCUCGAAAUACACACACACAUACACACAUACACAUAUCUGUGCGGGCCUAUAUGCCGAAUUUUGUAUUAUAAGAGGAAUAUCAGUUCUAUUUGUGUAAAAAAUCCUCAAGCACCUAAUAUUCUGUGAUAUUUUGAUUAUUAGUAUGGAAGAAUGAGACAUUGUCUGGUUGCGGCUUCUUCUUAGAACACAGAAUGAAAUUUAUUACCGAGCCGGCCUUCACCAAUAGAGUGAAAGGAGUUAUCUUUUCAUUAAAUUCGUAACCUUCACUCGUGACCAAUUUAAUUUUACAGAAUUUCCUCAGUAGUUUUUUGACUGUUCUGAGUUCACCGGCUCUCGAAGGCGUUUUUCAUAUUAUUAUAAUGGUCAAAAUAGUGUAGCCAUCUUGGCUAUUAACAACGAUCCGCGAAACCAAUGUAAAAGCUAUAAAUAUAAUUCGACUUAUGAAUUUAAAUAAUUAUUGUAUAAACACCAAUUAAAUACCAUUUGAGCUUUCGCGCGAAAACAUGAUAUCUUCACAUGUGAAAAUACAUGUUAUCUUCUCACGUGAAAUAUCACCGUUGCUAUGGCUACAUAAUAAAUCGGGCCUUUCACAGCAAAAAACUAUUGAAGUUGAAAUGGUUUGGUAGUUCAUUGGUGUUUAUAUAAUAAAUAGAACAUUACAUGGCCGCUUGAGAAAGAAGAGAAAUUUUGGAUCUCCGCACGACCACGUAAUAUUUUCUAUUUAUACGUUUUAUUCCUGUCGAUUGAUAGGGAAAAUGAUAAGAGUUGAUAUCUUAUUGUAUUUCUUAUUUCAGUAAUUACUCCAUGUCUUCCCGCAAAUCCAUGUGAGAACAAUGGAACCUGUAGCCUUGUGGAUAAUACCUUCUCAUGCAGCUGCUCACCAGACUAUGAAGGAAUCAUCUGCCAAACAAGUAAAUAUUUUAAUAUCUUAUCUUUCACUUUCAGAAUCUUACCUUAAAUUACUGAUAUAGGAAAUUUCGAUUAAAGAUAGUGAGUAGAGGGGCGUAAGUAAAAACUUUCCACAGUUUUCAAAAUCAACCAUAACCCGUCUCCAAGUUUACAUUUCCCCUCUUUUCAGGCAGCAUGAACAGCUUGCGCGUGCGAAAAAAUAGAGAAAACACCGCAUUUUGUGUGAAAAACUGAAAUGAAAGAGGACAAAGGGAAGUUAUAUAGGAUAUUAAAUUACGCCUUUUUCCAGCUAUCCCUUAUUUAGCUUCUUCUUUAUUUUUUUUUGUACGCACGUGCUUACUGCACUGGGCGCACUGGUAGCUACGUCCUUGUAGUAGCGAACCUUUUUUUGGAAAAAAAAGGCAAAGCUUUUGGUGUUUAAUGAGGGGCAUUUAUAUUUGCUGUUAUAGUUACGAGGGCUGUACGUUAAACAAAGAAAAUAUAAAAUGAAAACCUCGUGCGCAACUCUCGUAAACGACAGAUUUAGAAGAGGAAGGUCGAAAACCGAAUUUUGCCAGAUGAAUGUAACAAAAAAAAACCCAUUAGUGUAAGUAUAAGCACAAAUUUCCGUGUUAUGUGAGAAAUAAGCACUAUACCAAUAAUGAGACAUUGCAAUUGAAGUCAGGUUAUUUAAAGAAAAAAAGCAAGAAAAGUAAAAACGAUCCUGCUUUGGCUGUUUGAUCUGAUCCAUUACUAUCAGUGCUGCAGAGCUGAGAACAAGCGCGGAUUCUGGUGAUUUUGCACAAUGAUCCCGACACUCCACUAUUGUAACACUUUUAUCCUGUAACUGAUUUUGAUUUAAACGUUUCAUCUAAAUUUCAUGUAAAAUUUAAUUGACCAGUGCAGAAGUAACCGGAAUUGUUAGGUUUCGUUUGAUCGUUUUGUCUUUGCAUGGAUGGUACACUGAUUUUUCAUACAUAAAAAGAAAACACCCAUUGGAAUGGUUGUACGUUUUUUAUAAGUCAUUCUUUUCAUCUAUUGAAGGCGAGGGCGAGUAGAAAAUGGACAUGGACAUAUCAAAACAUCUGAUUAUCGCAUACAAUAAUAAUUAAUCCUGUUUUGUUUUGCAUUUUCUUUUAGAGAAAUCCGAGAAACCUUCGAGGAUCAUUAUUGUGAUAAUAACUGUCCGAAACAGGGCAUUUAUCGACGAUUACAGGAACCUUCAGUCAUCAAAGACAAGAGUUCUGAUUCAAGAAUUAACUGUGGAAUUAGUUCGUUUCUUUAAAGGCAUAUUUGGCGACUCUUUUGAGGGAAUAGUAAUUAUUAGUCUUUUCGAAGGAAGUGUUGGGGUUAACUUUGAAUUAUCACUUAAGCCAUCAUCGAACGUGACCAAUACCACUGUUAUAGAAGAACUCAAAAACGGCAAUGGAACUCAAGCCUUGGCUUUUCUGGAGUUGGGCGAAAUAUCCGCAUUAGAACAAAUCCAGCCGACUACACAAAUGACGGUAAUGACAUCACCCGCUCCAUCAGGUAUAUGUUUAGUAUAA